GGGUACGCGCCAUACUCCAUCCCGUGGCAGCAUCCGAUUGCGUUGGACUAUCUGUCGGUUAUCUCUCGUUCAAGCAGGUCGCCUUGAAUCAGGUGCGCUUUGCGACGCGAAAGAUCUGCCAAGACGGUAUGGAUAUCAUAUCUUGCCAAAGAGAUAAGUAAAAUAAAACGUCUUGAAUCUCAAACGAAGAUAAUUGCAUCAGGAACAUUUUGAACUUGACUCCAAUAUGCUGGGAUAACUGUGCCACUUGAGCAGUGUUUGCGUUAAACAGGUUGCUAACUACCGCCUGUGUACGCGGCUUAUUUUUGGAGGGCUAUGUGCUGAUGCGGAAUAACUACACGGGACCCAUCAGUCCUCAGGAGUAGAAGGUGCGCCGCUGAUCACCUGAUUCCAUUUGGAGAGGCGCAUCCACCGACCACCGCAGUCCGCGCAUGAAACGGUGCAUUUCUUCGAAUGGAAAGUUAAAUGUCCACAAAAACGGACUUCCUGAUCCGUGAAAGCGGUGUCAGUCACAUUUGACUGCUGCCGUUCUCCUUCCCUCAACUGCUGUCAUUUCGAUGGGAAAGAUAUUUUUUUUAAACCAGCCUUCCCCCGGAGCUGUGCUAUGAUCAACACGGAUAUCGUUUUAUUGGAGUUAAUGAACAUCUCCUGUCCAUGCGAGUAUAGAGAGGAUGCUGUGUGACCGCAACAUUCGAUAGCAGGCAUCCCACACACUCAGAUCCGCGGGAGAAGAGGGUCGUGCCUGGCUGCUUCUUGGCUGCAAAUGCAUGGUUUCACGAGACCAAUUCUCUGAUCACAUUGCAUGGCAAUCACUAUUUGAAUACACAGAGGCUGGAAGCAUAAUUAUAUCAUCAUCAUGGACUUGAAGGAUUUUUAUCUGUUGGCUGCACUAGUAACCUGCUUUUGGCUGGAUCCAGCCAUAGCACAAGAACUCAUCUAUCCCAUUCGAGAGGAGUUGCAAGAGAAUGUGCUCAUUGGAAACAUACCAAAGGACUUGAACAUCUCCCACACAAAUCCGACCACUGGAGCCAGUGCAAAUCUGGUCUACCGGUUGGUGUCGAAAGCAGGUGACAAUCCCCUGCUCAGAGUAGUGAGCAACACGGGAGAGAUCUUCACCACCUCAAACCGCAUAGACCGCGAGAAGCUCUGCCCUGGCUCGUCCUAUGAGGAAAGCGAGUGCUCGUUUGAGAUCGAAGUGGUCAUUCUUCCCAACGACUACUUCAGGCUGAUCAAGAUCAAGAUUGUUGUCAAGGACACCAACGACAAUGCACCCAUGUUCCCGUCACCGGUGAUCAACAUCUCCAUUCCGGAGAACACGCUGAUCAACAGCCGUUUUGCCAUCCCUUCCGCCACGGACCCCGACACCGGACCUAACAGCGUGCACAAGUACGAGCUGGUGAACGGCCAGAGUGCCUUCGGGCUGGACAUAGUGGAGACGCCCGAGGGGGAGAAGUGGCCACAGCUGAUCGUGCAGCAGAAUCUGGACAGGGAACAGAAGGACACGUACGUCAUGAAAAUCAAAGUGGAGGAUGGAGGCAAUCCCCAGAAGUCAAGCACAGCCAUCCUCCAGGUGACAGUAACUGAUGUCAAUGACAACCGGCCAGUGUUCAAGGAGAGUCAAAUUGAGGUCCAUAUUCCAGAGAACUCCCCCAUCGGGACCUCUGUGAUCCAGCUCCAAGCCACUGAUGCAGAUAUUGGUGCCAAUGCUGAGAUCAGGUAUAUGUUCGGCACUCAGGUGUCUCCAGCCACUAAACGACUCUUUGCACUGAAUUCGACCUCAGGCCUUAUAACAGUGCAGAGACCACUGGACCGAGAAGAGACAGCCAUCCAUAAGCUAUCCGUGUUGGCGAGUGAUGGAAGCUCAAGUCCAGCCAGGGCUACAGUGACCAUCAAUGUGACUGACGUCAAUGACAACCCCCCGAACAUUGACCUCCGAUACAUCAUUAGUCCCAUCAAUGGCACUGUUCGCCUGUCAGAGAAAGACCCUAUUAACACGAAGAUUGCCCUCAUUACCGUGUCAGACAAGGAUACAGACGUAAAUGGCAAAGUCAUCUGCUUCAUUGAAAAAGAUGUUCCGUUCCACCUCAAAGCUGUCUAUGACAACCAGUACUUGUUAGAGACCUCUGCUUUGCUGGACUAUGAGGGCACGAAAGAGUACAACUUCAAAAUUGUGGCGUCUGACUCGGGCAAGCCGAGCUUAAAUCAAACAAACCUGGUGAGGGUGAGGAUAGAGGACGAGAAUGACAACCCGCCUAUCUUCAGCCAACCUGUUAUUGAGCUGACCGUGAAGGAGAAUAACAAACGGGACUUAUUUCUCACCACCAUCAGUGCCACUGAUGAGGACAGUGGGAAAAACGCCGAGAUUGUUUACCAGCUUGGUCCAAAUGCAUCCUUCUUUGACCUGGACCGCAAAACAGGUCAGCUGACCGCGUCCAGGGUGUUUGACCGCGAGGACCAAGAGCGGUUUCUCUUCACCGUCACGGCGCGAGACAACGGGACC